AUGUUGUUCAAGAACACCCUGUUCAUUGCCACCCUCUCGGCACUGCUCCUGCUCAGCUGCGCCACACUCGUUUCUGCUGACGGCAUCGGAGUUGCCGUCGUCACCGACGCUCCCGCUGCUGCACCUAAGGAUGCCAAGUACGCGUGCGUGAUCAAGUCCACCAGCUGCAAGUCGGACUCUCGUUUCACUAACGAUAUCACCUAUGACCCUCAUCUCAAGCUGACCACCUGUCACCACGAUGGCUUCGUGCGCAACUGGUGGCAUCGACUCUCGCCCUUCAGCAGCGCCAAGGGCAUGUUCUCCAACACCUUCUACGUUGAGGACUGCGAUCAGCACAAAGGUCUCAAGAAGAGCACCCGCCAGAUCCGCGAUAUCCUCGACGAUGGUAUCAACGGUCAGACCAACUGCAACGCUUACAUCCAGUGCUUCGAUGUCAAGGAUGUUGACGACAAGUGCUUCCCUAAGGAUGAGUAG